AUGACUAUUGCAACCAGAGGACAAGGAACCACAGGAGACACCAUUGAAACACAGGGACCUGCUCCUGGGCCUUCGGAGAAUAAUACGGAAGAGGUGCAAGAUGAUAACUUUGAACCAGAUUUCCCGAAAGACAAACUAGCUUCUCUAGAGGAAAAAAUAUCAAACUUGCGAUGGGUCGUACCAGUGUUGGCAGACCAAGAAUUAGAAUGCCUCCUGAGAGUCUCCAUAGACUUGGCGAAAAAAAAUCUAGACACACGAUCAGAGGCCUGCCAAAAAUUUUUUCGAGAAGGACUAACAACUUCCUUCACGAAAAUUCUCACGGAUGAUGCUGUUUCUAGCUGGAAAUCAAACAUUCACGCCUGUAUAUUCCAAAACUGCAUGAAACUGAUAGAGUUGUGUGUGGCAAAGCUACCGUAUGAUUGGUUUCCCCUAUUGGAUCUGUUAGCAAUGGUUCUCAACCCUAAUAACAAGUUCCACAGCUUCAAUUCUCCAAGACACAGUGAAACUGCUGGGGCCAGUUCUAAUUUGAGUGAAGAAGAGUUAUUUGCAAGACCUUCUACUGAUCCACGCAACCCUAGGGGGUGGUUGGUCGAUCUAAUUAACAAAUUUGGUGAAUUAGGAGGGUUCCAAAUACUACUGGAUCGUUUUCAGUCUGGGAAUAAUUUGAGUGUGUCUGUAGUUUUUGCCUUGCUCAGACCUUUUGGACUGUGCUAUGAGUUUUUAACUACUCACACCAUCAACAAAUAUAUCUUACCCAUACUGGAGAUUAUUCCAGGUAUAUUGGACAAACUAACGGAUGAUGAGUUGAAAAGAGAAGCUAAAAAUGAGCAAAAAAGUGACAUAGUCUCUGCUAUAAUAAGAGCUUCAAAAAAUCUAGCAUCAAGAGUACCUAACCAGGAGGAACUGAUACGAACCUUAGAAGGGUUCAGACUUACGAUGAUCCUGCGGCAGUUGCAGAUUUCUAGUUUCAAUGGAAAAAUGAAUGCACUCAAUGAAAUAAAUAAAGUUAUAUCUAGUGUCAGUUAUUAUCCAAACAGGCAUCAUGGCAUGGAGGAAGAGGAGUACCUCACUCCAGAGCGUAUGGCAAAAUGGAUUAAUGAAAACAAAGUUCUCGAAAUAGUAUUAAGGGAUUCUCUUCAUCAGCCCCAAUAUGUAGAGAAACUGGAGAAAAUAUUGAGAUUUGUGAUAAAGGAAAGGGCCCUGAGUCUCAACGAUCUCGAUGCAGUUUGGGCAGCUCAAGUAGGUAAACACGAAGCUAUAGUGAAAAAUGUCCACGAUCUAUUAGCCAAAUUGGCGUGGGACUUCAGCGCCGAACAGUUGGAUCAUCUGUUCGAGUGUUUCCAAAACAGUUGGACCUCGGCAUCGAAACGCCAAAGAGAAAGACUGCUGGAACUGAUACGUCGACUGGCCGAAGACGAUAAAGAUGGCGUGAUGGCACACAAGGUGCUGACUCUCUUCUGGAAUCUUGCGCAUGCCGAAGACGUGCCGACCGAGAUCAUGGACCAAGCACUGACUGCGCACGUCAAGAUCCUGGAUUACAGCUGUUCUCAAGAAAGGGAUGCUCAAAAGACGGUUUGGUUGGACAAGUGUGUGGAGGAAUUGAAAUGCGGGGAGAACUGGGUGCUGCCCGCCCUGAAGCAGAUCCGAGAAAUCUGCACCCUUUACGAACAAAAUACGAAUGGAGGGCAUACCCAGCGCACCCAUCAAAUCUACUAUAGACAAGAAGUCAUAGAGAGAUUGCAAAACCAACAUUCUCUGGUCAUCUUAGUUACUAAUAGCCUCACCGGUUACAUGAGUCGACUGCGUACUUUGUUUGCCGAAAGUCCUGAAUUGACUGCCGAAACCUUUAUCCCUGAUGGAAGAUACUGCCAUGCAUUACAAGUACAAGAAAGACUGAAUUUCCUCAGAUUUCUUCUGAAAGAUGGGCAACUGUGGCUGUGUGCUGAACAAGCAAAACAAAUCUGGCAAUGUCUAGCCGAAAAUGCAGUAUUUCAAUCGGACAGGGAGGCCUGCUUCAAAUGGUUUUCGAAAUUGAUGGGAGAAGAACCGGAUUUGGAUCCUGGAAUAAACCAGGAUUUUUUCGAAAACAACAUAUUACAGAUAGAUCCGGUCUUGCUAACUGAAAGCGGAAUCAAAUGUUUUGAAAGGUUCUUCAAAGCCGUGAAUAUGAAAGAGGGCAAAAUCAAAAUGAAACGAAGGUUGCUACUUACCGAAGAUCCCGACCUAAUAGGCUUAGACUAUCUUUGGAAAGUGGUGACCCUUUGCCCGAAUGACAUCGCCAAUAGAGCUAUAGAACUUUUAAAAGAAGUAAGCACUAAUUUAGGUCCUAGACUGCUACAAGCCCAACUGGUGUUCCACGAAACCUACAUAACAGAAUGUUAUGACAGGUUACGCGCUCACUAUGACACCCUAACGAUCCUGCAAAAAUCAACCAACGACAAGGAAUUCGACACGGAUCAAAUACAAAACCGGAUUAAGGCCGAGGCUGUGAAAAUGUGCAGGGUGAUGAAAGUUUUGCACGAAUACAUGAGCGAAUGUGAUAACUCCUUUGUUGGGGAGAGGAAAAUUCUUCCCUUACACAGGGCGUGCCAUGGUAAACAUCUCACAUUGAUCGUGAGGUUUUCUAGUCCCAGUAGACAAUUCGAAGAUUUGGAACUGUACACUCAUUCGAAUGACACGUUGGCUUCUUUGAGGAAGUAUAUUUUGAAAAGGAUCAAACCUGGGGUGCAUUGUAAACUGGAAUUGUUCGUUAAUGGGGAGCCUUUGGAGUCUACAGAUGAUAGGAAGCUUCUUUCUCAAAUACCCAUUAGGGAUAAAAUGCUGAUCUCCGCCAAAGUAGUCCAGAUCAACUCGAACAUGGCCUCGUCCCAAGACAGCAGCUCGGACAGCUCCACCUCGUCCCCGCAGCACCCCUACGACGGUCCCAACGUCGAAGCUGAAAAUCUCUUGCCGGGCGUGCUGAUGUCGCAGCUGCAGACGUACGCCCUGUUCUUCUGCCAGUUGACGAAUCUGGGCAGCGCGCUUCCCUUUCCGCUGCUGCGGGAUAUGGGCCACGCGCUGCUGCAGCUGAUGCCCUGCGAUCUGACCACUAUGGAGAAGUUGCGGGUGUUGUUUUCGACGCAGGCGGACCAGAGCGUCAGCAUGGACGGGAUGUUUUUCAGUGCUUCGCCUGCCGAGGUGUUGUACAAUUUGGAAGUGCUGUACUCCAUGCUGAUGCCAGCUCUGGACACGCUCUCGGAAAAGACCUACGAGUUCCAGUACAGCUUCAUGAUAUCCGGGGAGGCCCACGUGUUCUUGGAAAUGUUGACGAAAAACAACUUCAUGUCCACGGCCGACAACGUCACUCGCCGGUCGGCGUACCUCGUCGUCUUGAAGAUUUGCAAGCUCGUGCUUACUUCCGUGGCGCACGUGUUGGUGCGACUCAGCGAAGACCACACGCCCGAGAACGAGCCGCUAGGCGAGAAUAGCGCGACUCCUCCCGGUACAUAUUUGAGGCAGGCGUUGAGGAAUGUGCCUGGCCAUUCGGAUCAUUUGCUGCGGCAAGUCUCGAUCAAACUAUCCCAAAGCCUAGCCCAGCUGAUGGUCGCCGACACGGGCACCACCGGCCAAGCGCAGGCCCUCUUCAACCAGGCGCUCAACUGGGAGCUGCCCGACCUGGCCACCACCACGGCCCUGGUGCGGCUGGUGUGGGCGGCCAGCAGCAACAACCUUGGCGCCCUGAACGCCACCCCGGAAACGCUGCACGCCCUAGCCGACCCCACCAACAGGAAAACCAUCGAAGUGGUCAAUGACGACGUGCUGUUGUGCAAGGAGGCGCUGGAGCUGCUCAGCACGGCGGUGGUGCUGAACCCGAGCAGCCUGGAGCAUCUGUACCAGGGCAACUGGUGGCCUUAUUUCAUCACGGACUUGGUUCUCAUCAAUCCUACGUGCGCGAUUCGGAUUGCAGCAGCCGAGCAGCUGAUUAUCAUCUGCACCUGUGGGGCUGCCAGUCAUAUGGCCCUGCAGUUCAUCACUCCCUUGCUGUUUUCUCUGCUCAAUACCUUGGUCAUUGAGAAUGCGAACACUUCUCACGAGUUUUUUCAGUUGCUCUGUAGGCUGGUUAACAUGGCUUACCUCACCGGGUAUCCCAUAGCGGGGGUGGAGACUUUGCUGGCGAACGAGGUGGCUUGGUUGCGCAAGGCGAGAGACAAGCACGAGGUGCUGAUCGAAGGUCACCUGCUGCUGGCCAAGGAGCUCUUGGUGUUCACCACCGAAGAGCAAAAGUGCGAACUCGGGUGCGCCGAGUCGGGCAGCUUGCUGAAGGAGCUGUUGGAGGACUUUCUCUUCCCCGCCAGCAAGCUGAUGCUGCAGCUGAGCAAGACUGGGCAGCUGGGAGAGGAUCCGGCGAUCCCGAUUUGCGAUACGCCGCAAACUCAGGCGGCCGCCUUCGAUUUGCUGAUCGCGCUCUGUCUGAACUGCGUGCCGAAUUACAAGCAGUUGGUGGACAUGUUGACGGAGAUGUUUUAUUCAGAUCCGGAAACCGCGAUAACCGAGUGGGACUACCUUCCCGGAGUUGGUCCGCGACCCUUCCAAGGCUUCGUCGGCCUCAAGAACGCCGGCGCCACCUGCUACAUGAACUCCGUGCUGCAGCAGCUCUACAUGGUCGACAGCAUCAAGGAGGGCAUUCUGGCGGCCGAGGGGGCCGCCACCGAUCCGCACGAGGACUUCACCGGCGAAGACCGGCCGGAUUCGGACGUGGACUGCUCGGACGACAAGAGCUGCGCGGACGACAACAGGAAGGACUACAACGUGGGGAUUCUGAAGCAGGUGCAGGCUAUCUUCGGGCAUCUGGCCUGUUCGCGCCUUCAAUAUUACGUGCCUAGGGGACUUUGGAGGCAUUUCAAACUUCAAGGUGAGCCAGUGAAUCUAAGGGAGCAACAAGACGCCGUCGAGUUUUUUAUGUCAUUGGUGGAGAGUCUGGAUGAAGCUUUAAAAACAUUGGGACAUGAGCAAAUCAUGGCCAAAAUAUUGGGUGGCUCCUAUUCAGAUCAGAAGAUCUGCAAGGGCUGUCCGCAUCGUUAUUCCAAAGAGGAACCUUUUAGUGUGAUUAGUGUAGAUAUAAGGAACCACAGUAGCCUGCCAGAUUCUAUGGAGCAAUAUGUCAAAGGUGAACUGUUAGAAGGUGCUGACGCAUAUCAUUGUGAGAAGUGCGCGAAAAAAGUUCUGACUGUAAAGCGACUCUGUGUUAAAAAAUUACCCCCCAUCUUGGGCAUCCAAUUGAAGAGGUUCGAGUACGAUUUCGAGAGGGUGUGUGCCAUCAAGUUCAACGAUUACUUCGAAUUCCCGCGCGAGCUCGACAUGGAGCCCUACACCGUAUCGGGUCUGGCGAAGAUCGAGGGAGAGAUUAUAGACUGUGAUUUAGAUCCUAGCGCUAGCGAUGUAUGUACAAAGUAUCGCUUGUCCGGUAUCGUUGUUCAUUCUGGUCAAGCUUCAGGCGGUCAUUAUUAUUCGUACAUUCGAAGUAGAGACCUGUCGGGCGAAUUGAGAUGGUACAAAUUCGAUGACGGCGAUGUGUCGGAAUGCAGGAUGGGCGAGGAGGAGGAGAUGAAAGUCCAAUGCUUCGGCGGCGAUUACAUGGGCGAAGUAUUCGAUCCGAUGCUGAAAAGGACGACUUACAGGCGGCAAAAGCGAUGGUGGAACGCCUACAUGCUGUUUUACACUAGGCACGACAUUGAGGAAGAAUCGGUGUUGAAAGCAAUCAAUCAAUUGACAGUUUCUGGCACGAGGAAGGAGACCCACCUGAAGAUGCCCGUCGCCAUCGAGAACAGCAUCAGGAAGCAGAACAUCAAGUUCCUGCACCACCGCAGCCAGUUCUCGCUCGAGUACUUCGCGUUCGUGCGCAAGAUGGCGACGAGCUGCGCGCAGGGCAACCCGCGGCACGGCCAGCCGCUGUCCAACGAGCUGCUCGAGCAGCAGUAUUUGCUGAGCGUGCAGCUGGUCAGCAAUUUUCUCUUUCACACUGGCUGGCACACGAAGAAGAAUUUGAGGGGGCCGGCGAUGGAGUGGUGCGACGUCCUCUGCCUGCACCUGCGCACCUCGCCCGUCAUCCGCCUCUGGUUCGCCCACCACAUCCUCUUCGCGCACCCGGGCAGGUUCUGCGAGUACCUGCUGAGCUGCCCCAGCAACGAGGUGCGCUCCGCCUUCGUCAAGAUCGUCGUGCUGCUGGCGCACUUCUCGAUCGACGACGGGCCGUCGCCGCCCCCGGCGGGGUACGACGGCGAGGAGAGGGCGGGGGGCAGUUUGAGCGAUCACAUUUUGUGGGCGUUGCUGGGGCUGCUGAGGCGGGAGGUUAGCGAGCACGGCCGGCACCUGCCGCACUAUUGUACGGUGUUCCACACGUACGCCAACCAAGGUAUCCAAGAAAAGGCACAGCUGUUGAGAAUGAACGUCCCCGCUACCUUCAUGUCAGUUGCCCUCGACGAGGGCCCCGGUCCUGCCAUAAAAUACCAAUUCACAGAACUAGGAAAAUUAAAUCAAUUAGUUUCAUGUCUCAUCCGAUGUUGUGACGUGAGCAGUAAAUGCCAGUCGAGCAACGGACCUAUUCUGCCGAACCCGUACAGAGAUCCCAACUGUCCAGAGUACGUCAUGCCCCUGUCGCCUCAAGCUUCUGAAAUUCUCUUCAAUAGAACAGCAUAUGUUAAAAAAGUCAUUGAAGAUACGAAUUUGACGGACGACGCAAUCAAACUACUCCAGUUCUGUUCUUGGGAGAACCCCCAUUUCUCCAGGACUGUACUAUCGGAAUUGCUCUGGCAAAUAGCCUACGCUUACUGUCAAGAACUCCGGCAUCAUAUAGAAAUUUUAUUGUCAAUACUGCUGAUCGAGGAUUCUUGGCAGACACAUAGGAUACAUAAUGCAAUCAAAGGUGUUCCCGAAGAACGCGAAGGUCUGUUGGAGACGAUAACGCGCGCCAAAAACCACUACCAAAAGCGCGCCUACCAGUGCAUCAAGUGCAUGGUGGCGCUGCUCAAUCGCUGCCCGGCCGCCGCAGCGCUGCUCACGCGCCAGCCUGACGUCAGACGGCAAUGGGCGGCGGCGGUCGCUUGGCUGCAAGACGAACUGGAGCGCAAACACCCGCCCAACGCGCAGCAGUACUCGUACAACACGUGGUCGCCGCCCGCGCAGAGCAACGAGAGCUCGAACGGCUACUUCCUGGAGCGGUCGAACAGCGCGCGAAAGACGCUGGAGAAGGCGCUGGAGCUGAUGCCUGAAGCGGAGCGCGAGGAGGAGGAGCCGCCCGGGCAGGAGGAGGUGGCGCCCGAGGCUGUCGAGCCGCCCCAGGUCGUGCAGGAGCCGGCGAGCAACGCUGACAUGCCCGACGUGACGCAGAGCUGCGAGAACGAUCCGAACUCGUAG